AUGCAUGGCCGCGUGAAGGUAAAACGAACAGCAGAACAGGAAAAAUUGCGGAAAGAUUCCAGCGAGAAGUCUGAACAUAAAUUUCGAACACUUCUGGAUGAAAUCUUCCAAUUUCGUCGCAGCGGGCUUUAUACUGACGAUAAGCUGAAGCUUGUCGAAAAGGCUGUUGAAAUUGUACCAGAUAUGACAACUCUGUGGAACUACCGUCGCGAGAUACUUAAGCACUUAUUAAAAACCGAUUGUUCUCAGAUUGUCUCGAACACCCUUUUUGACAACGAGUUGCAACUCACUGCACGUUGUCUCGUCAAAUCUCCGAAGUCCUAUAGCGUAUGGCAUCACCGGAUGUGGAUUUUGAAACAUCAUGAAAAUCCUCUUUGGGAAUCCGAAAAUGAGUUUUGUAUUUCCACCCUCAAGCAGGACGAGCGCAAUUUUCACUGCUGGGACUACAAACGUUUCGUUGUAUCCCAUGGGAAAAUGCCCCUUGAGUCGGAACUCGCGUACACGGAGAACGAAAUAGGAACAAACAUGAGCAAUUAUUCCGCCUGGCACUACCGCUCUGAACUGCUGAGCCGGUCAGAUCCAUUCUACAGAGCAGUCCUACCUAUCAGCCCUCCACCGACCACUCUGGACUCCAAAGCAAUCUGCCUCCCUGUUCGACCUUGUCUAUCAAAAGCUGAGUUGGAGCUGCUGCACAAUGCAGUUUACACAGAUCCCAGUGACCAGAGUCCGUGGUUUUAUUAUUGGUGGAUUCUCGGUCGGGGCGUCCGAACGACGUAUAUUCGCGAGCUCUACAUAUCCCGUCCACUAGGACGAAUCGUCUUGGUUUUUACGGCACCGAAGCCCCGGAGUGCCUUAGAACAACUUGAGGAGCUAAUCCUCGAUGACAAUAGACUUACUUCCCUUGCCAGGCUCAGCCAUCUUCCAUCGCUUGUUGUGUUAUCUGUUCAAAGGAAUCGACUUGAUGACUUCACUGCAAUCGAAGAGUUGUUGUUGUGUCCCAAGCUGCAAAGUGUCUCGAUUGAUGGCAACAAUGUUACAGAAAUUCCAAAUCUUUCAAAAUUGUUUGCCGAUCACCCAUGUUUCAGAACAAGAUUUCAAUCUUUCAUUCUGGCCUACGGGAAGCCUCUGAACCCUUGA